AUGGCCAACCAGCGAGGCUGGAGAUAUCUCAUCGUCGCCCUUCUCGUCCUGCUCGUCAUCGCGGUUUACCUGCAGGACUCCGUCUUCUCCACCAAAUCCGCAGAAUAUGUCAAGGAUUUCCUCAAAACACAUGCAUCUCCGGACCAGACCGCAUCAGCCAUCGACUCCUCCUUCGACGAGACGGAACUGGCACAGCCUUCAUUCGACCUCCCCAUCGACCCGCCAAAUGAACCUCCCGCGAGCAGCAUCGAUGGAACUACGCCGCCUGCAGUCGAAGAGAACACGGGCUAUAUGCCCGACAAGCUAUUCUUCGAAUUGGAAUUAGACGGCUUCGCACUCCCCUCCUUCGACACAUCGAAGCUCCGCACACUGCCUCCACACAACUACAAAGGACAGGGCCAUCCGACUUUUGCCGCCUUCUUCCUCAGCAGGAACAGCUCCCUCCACGACCCCUAUUUUCUCUCAACGCACCAAGUCAUCUACCGCCUCCUCUGGAAAUCCGACACCAAAUCCGCCACCCACCCGGUCGUCGUCUUCGUCGCGCCUUUCGUUCCCGACGAAAUCCGAGCCUCCUUCCAAGCCGCCGGUGCUCUGGUCCGGGAAGUCGAAACCAUACCCUUCCACCCCGAAACGGCGCCCGACGGGAACCUCCUCGCCCACAGAUUCCGCGACGUCUUCACCAAACUCCAAAUGUGGUCGCAGACGGACUUCAGCCGAAUCGCCUUCCUCGACUCGGACGCGUACCCUCUCGUCAACAUCGACGCCCUCCUCGACGACCAAACCCUCAUUCCGGAUCAGACCUGUCGCGCCCAUCUCCUCCAGGAAGAAGACGUCCCCCACACAGACGAACUCUGCCCUUACGUCUUCACCGGCGCCCGCGAUCUCGGCUUCUCCGACAUGGUCAACGCGGGCGUCAUGGUCCUCUCCCCCAACACCGCCAUGUACACCCUCCUCAUGCGCGAGAGACAGAACACCUCCAACUACGACCCGGGCUAUCCCGAACAGGCCUUCCUCUCCCACAUCUUCCGCCCGGACGGCCCGUUCCCCGCCGGCCAGAUCAGCAGUGCCUGGAACGGCGACCCCAAAGUGAAAGUCGACGGGGGGGAGCUGUACAUUCUGCACGCGAAAUUAUGGGUCAUAGGCAUGGGCGGGCAUGGCGGGGGGGAAAGUCAGGGUGAGGGCAAGGCGGCGUGGUUGGAUGGUAUGUUUUCUAAUACGUGGGAGGAAUUGAGGGGGUUUUAUGAGGGGGAGGCAUUUUUGAAGUUGAGGGAGAUGGAUGGCGUGCUGGUUGAGGAGGAGGGUUUGCAGCAGUAG